GUCCACUUUCUUUGCAUUCAUAGUUCUAGUUUCGCGGCUAUUGCUCGUUCGGGUUCAUUUCAUUAGGGUUUAGGCAAGCGGAAAAAUAAGGAGAGCAGAGUGUGGACUCUGAAACAGUUUUCCAAAUGGAGAGUUUGCUCAAGAAAUAUUUUGGGUAUUCUGAGUUCCGGCCGUAUCAGAAGGAGGUCAUAAACAAUAUUCUGCAGAAGAGGGAUUGCUUGGCGGUAAUGGCCACGGGUAGCGGAAAGUCCUUGUGUUACCAGCUUCCUCCGUUGCUGGUUGAUAAGACUGCCAUUGUUGUAAGCCCUCUUAUAUCUCUCAUGCAAGAUCAGGUAAUGAGUUUGAAACAGCAGGGUAUCAGAGCUGAGUACCUUGGAAGUGCCCAGACCGACCAAUCUGUGAAUGCUCGAGCACAAAAGGGGGAAUAUCGUUUGCUGUUCAUGACCCCUGAAAGGGCUUGCUCCAUUUCUCACAGCUUCUGGUCGAAGUUACUACAGGCAGGAAUUUGUCUCUUUGCUGUGGACGAAGCACAUUGCAUAUCAGAAUGGGGGCAUGACUUCAGGGUGGAAUACAAACAGCUAGACAAGUUACGUGCUAUUCUCUUGGACGUUCCAUUUAUUGGUUUAACUGCAACAGCUACUGAGAACUUGAAGCAUGUCAUGGAAAAUGCUAUGUCCAGGAGUGAGAUACAAUAUGAGCCUUCGACAUAUGGGAAGGGUCAGAGGUGAUAUCAUAAAUUCCCUCAAGAUGGAUGACCCUUACAUUGCCAUUGGCUCAUUUGACCGAACGAAUCUCUUCUAUGCUGUGAAACUUCUCAGCCGGAGUUCUGAGUUCAUCGAAAACCUUGUGGAUGAAUUUUCAAAAUCACUUGGAAGAUCUGGGCCAACAAUCAUUUACUGCACAACCAUAAAAGAUGUUGAGCAGGUGUUUAAAGUAUUUCAAGAUGCAGGGAUUAAGUCUGGAAUGUAUCAUGGCCAAAUGACCAACAAAGCUAAACAGGAGUCUCACAGAUCUUUUAUAAGAGAUGAGUUACAAGUCAUGGUUGCUACUAUUGCUUUUGGAAUGGGUAUUGACAAGCCAAAUGUAAGGCAAGUGAUUCAUUAUGGCUGUCCAAAAAGUCUCGAGACAUAUUACCAGGAAAGUGGUCGAUGUGGUAGAGAUGGUAUAGCCUCCGUCUGUUGGCUUUACUAUACCAGAAGCGACUUUGCAAAAGCUGAGUUUUACUGUGGUGAAACUAAAUCAGAGAACCAAAGAAGAGCUGUGGUGGAGUCAUUGAUGGCUGCUCAGCGCUAUUGCACAAUUACUACUUGCAGAAGAAAGUUUUUGUUGGAUUACUUUGGAGAAACUUCUUCAACCACCAAUUGUGGAAAUUGUGAUAAUUGCUUGGGUUCAAAAAAGGAACAUGAUGUGUCUAGAGAAGCUUUCCUUUUGAUGGCCUGCAUUCUAUCAUGUAAGGGCAGCUGGGGUCUCAAUAUGCCUACAGACAUUCUACGUGGUUCCCGCGCAAAGAAAAUUAUGGACAACCAAUUUCAUAAGCUUCCACUUCAUGGACUAGGGAAAGACCAUUCAGCAAAUUGGUGGAAAUCUUUGGCUUAUCAGUUGAUUUCUCAUGGUUACCUGACUGAGAUCGUUACAGAUAUAUAUAGAACUAUCAGUGUUAGUACAAAAGGGAAGCAAUAUAUUAGUUCUGCCAGACUUGACCAUCACCCACCACUGCUUCUACCAUUGACAAGUGAAAUGAUAAACGGUGAGGAAGAUCCAACCAUUACUGGUGGAGAUUUGAAUGGUCUGGCAACCUCGGAACAUGAGGGAUUUUCAGAGGCUGAGUCACAACUCUACCAUUCACUCUUGGAAGAGAGAACCAACCUCGCUAGAAGAGUUGGAACUGCUCCAUAUGCUAUUUGUGGUGAUCAAACAAUCAAAAGACUUGCUCUGAUAAGGCCGUCCACUAAAGCAAGACUAGCAAAUCUGGAUGGUGUCAACCAGCACUUUCUUAUGACACAUGGAGAUCAUUUUCUUGAGACCAUCAGUCGUCUAGCAAAAGGACUAAACCUUUCUUUAGAUGGGGAGGCAAACAUACCAGUACCACCUACUGUUAAUAUCAUUAGUAAAGUUGACCUGACAGCCAAUUCCCAACGCAAACUAGCACCAGCUAAACUUCAAGCCUGGAAGAUGUGGAGUGAAGAUGGUCUAUCCAUUCACCAAAUUGCGAGCUUCCCUGGUAGAUCUGCUCCCAUCAAACCGCAAACUGUUCUUGAAUAUCUUCUGGAAGCUGCCCAACAAGGAUGUAAUGUCAAUUGGACCAGAUUUUCCGAGGAGGUUGGGCUCACGAAUGAAAUUUUCAUGGAUAUUACUCGUGCCAUUUCAAAGGUUGGAUCAAGGGACAAGUUGAAGCCCAUUAAAGAUGCAUUACCUGAGGAGAUAAGUUAUACCCACAUCAAGACUUGUUUAACUAUGCAGAAUUGUGGGAUGUCCUUGGAGAUGGCUCCAUCUCCCUGCAUUGGUACAGCAGCAAAUGAUGAAGAAGCUCCACGCAAGGUUGAUGAUGCCAACUCCAAAACAACAGCACUCGAAGUUGGAAACUCAUUGGAGGGAGAGAUGAGCGUUUCUUGUGGUGAUGGGCUGCCCUUGGGGAAACGUCAGAAGGUGGAUGGGCCUGAACAGAGUUUAACAUCACUGGUGAUUGCCACAGAAGAUGGCAUAGUGGAUUGGCUUAAAAAUUAUGAUGAUGGGGUUCCUAUACACGAUAUUCUGGAGCAUUUCAAUGGAUCUGGAGAGGAAUCUGUGAUUGCCAUGCUCAACUGCCUCGAAGGUGACUUCGUGAUAUACAAAAAGAACAAUGUGUAUAGGAUUCUGUAAGCUAAACAUACGGCUUCACUGCUGAAUUGAAUUGUCGGGAGACUUCAAUUAACGAACCAUAUGCAGCUUUUCAACGGCUCUAGCUAUGCUACUAUACCAAGUUAAUGGUUAAAUUUUGUUGAAAUA